ACUAAAACUCUGUUUGACCUCAGUUUGAACAAAGUUUGUAAACACAGACAUUCCACUGACUGGUCACCAUGAAGAGGAUGUGCAGAUAUCUUUUCAAAUGGGUUUUGGAUUUCAUAAAGUCCGUAUUUAACUAUAACAUUUAUCUUAGAAUGCCACUUGAGAUACACAGUCAGGCAUAAGACGUUCUGUUACAAGGCUGAGGUAGGGGCGUGUAAUUUCCUGUCAGGGAAAUGAGCCAAUCUGAAAGGGGUUCUCACAUUCCAAGCAGAAGAAUGCACUUGUGGUAAAUCAUGUGAAAUGGACAUCUCAUGCUAAAGCUUUGCUCUGUCAAGCCAUUAGUCAAUUAAUGAAAGACAACUGGCUCCUCAUUCCCCUCCUUAUAAUGAUAUACAGCAUUUCAGUAAUCUCAAAAUAAAACAGCCGUGAGACUUAGUCUUUACGUAAUUGAAAAUGGUUUCCUUUAAAAGCGUUUCCUUUAUUGUUGUUUUUACUCUAGUUCGGCAAAGUGUAAUUUUCAUAUCUGAUUAUCAACGGAUUAAAUUGAAAAUUCUCUUCUAUUGCAGAUGACUGAAUGAGGCCCCUUAUAGAGCCAGUCAGAGCCCAGAUAUACUCAGCAGUUUAUGAUUUUUUUUUAAAUGAACAGGAAAUUUCUGCUGAUUCCAAAAUCAUUUGGGGGGAAAAAAGGAAGCAGGUCCACCUCUGUGGAGGUAUGUACUGAAUCUCACCUGGAUGUGGGUACUCCCAGAAUCUCACCUGGCUGCAGAUAUUCACAGAAUCUCACCUGGCUGAAGGUACUCACAGAAUAUAAAUUAGCAGUUUUCUUGGAAUUUAUCCCCCAUCUCUGUGAUUCAGGUGCAUCAUGAUCCAGAGUGAAAGAAGGAAUCUCCAGGAAUGGCUGAAAGAAAGGAGCUAAGGUUUUGUAGAGUGGAGAUAUGCCAUCUACAUUAAUAUCUGGUUUCACCUCCAGGGGGCGAGCACGGGCCCUAAAACUGGGUUAAACAGAGUAGAACGGGACUCAGUGGAAGUUUUCCAUAAAACCAGUUUUAUAGAUAUUUGUCUAUUGUGUGUAUAAGAAAAUUUGCAGACGCUAUAAAAGAGAUACGGUUUUUUAAUCCACUUAGAUCAGUGGUGCACAAACUGUGGAUCGCGACCAAGUUUGAGUCGCGGGACAUAUGUAUUGGUCGUGAAAUCAUUGAGUUUUCUCGGAUUUACACAAUUCGACGGCAUUCUCGCGGCGUUCUCGGGACACUCAGGAGGAUCUGCUGCCAUCUCGCGCUAUAAUGAAGGAAACGCAGACGGGAUGCAGCAGGAGCUGUGGAUGAGGGCAAAACUGCAGGUCCUCACCUCCCUCAAGCCAGUCAGUGCCAUGAUACCGGCGACUGCUUCCUUCCAAAAGUCCAACACUCGUAGGAACGAAACCAGUGCCGCACACGCGACAACCAGCAUCAACACUGAUAACGUAAAACCAGAGACCAGCAGCACAAAUCCAGUGACCUUGCCCACAGCUCUCCCAGCUUCAGCUAACCCCUUAAAAGCAUCCCGCACUCAUCAGGAACUCCACAAGGAGCUUCUGCUGGCACACAGAAAGGGUCUGGUUGUGUGCAGCAGGCCGGAGCUGCAGCUGGUUCUGGAGAGGAGGAGGAGGGAGCAGACGGAUAGGGAGAGGGGAGAGCAGGCCAGGACACCCCUGGAGCAGGUCCUUCUCAAGAGACAGCAGAGACACCAGGAGAAGGAGAGCCAGCAGGAGCACACACAGAAAGAGGAGCCUCAGCUGCUCGAGUUUGUGAGAGUGCGACAGAACCUCCGGAAGAUUCAUUCAGCACGGAACAAACCCACAAAUUCAGAGGCCCUGUCUGUGGAUGACUGACAGACAAGCACUGUCCCAUGGGACUUGCUGAACAUAGUAGGAAAGUGGCACACCUACUAACAUCCUGGGACAGGUCUGAGAAGGAAUCUCUGGUUGAACCUCAAACUUUUUUAUUUCUUUCAUGGGUUUUGACGAAGUCACAUUGACUCAACCUUUCCCCAUCUGAAUCCCAUCUAAGUUCUGAUUGGAGUGUGCCUCAUAAUCUGGUUAAAUCAAGUGAAAUAUCUGUAGUUUUGUCAGAAGCUCUAAUCUCAGAAACUUGUGUGGGUUAUUGUUUUGAUUGCAUAUUCUUUUGCUAAAAAAAUCUUAUUCUCCAUAGAGUGCAAUAUAGUGCAAGAUACAUUCUACUACAAUGUGUUAAUGCCUUCUAGGCAUUAAUACAUUCUAUAUAGGCAUUCUAUAUCUUUGUAUGAUUUUACCUCAAAAUUACAGGAGAGACAAGAGCUUUGUAGAAAGGUUAUGCUGGAGUUUUAUUUUAGAAACAGGCCGUGCUUCAAUUUUACAGCUAGAAAGAAAUUGUUCCUAGGCACCUUUCUUCCAAAGAUUGAUUAUGGUGAUGUCCAGUACAUGCACGCCUCUGCUUCUACCUUGCAGGAUACUGACACAGUCUAUCACGGUGCCUUACUUUUCAUUACUAAUGCCAAAUCUCU